GUUUUGUUCCGGCCUUAGGCUCCGCCGCCGCCAUCUUGUGUCGGCGGCUGAAGGGACGGAGGUUGUGGGAAGACCAUACCACUACCGCCGGGGGCGGAGAAGGCGGUGUUCCUAGGUGGCCCAGGCGGCUGGGAGGAGGAGAAGGAGGAGGGUGGCGGCCGGGCUUGGCUUCGGCUCCUUGAGGAGUUGGCGGCGGCGAGACCCGGGGAACCGGCAUUGAUGUCCAGCUCGCCGCUGUCCAAGAAACGUCGCGUGUCGGGGCCUGAUCCAAAGCCGGGUUCUAACUGCUCCCCUGCCCAGUCCGUAUUGUCCCAAGUGCCCUCAGUGCCAACCAACGGAAUGGCAAGGAACGGCAGUGAAGCAGACAUAGAUGAGGGCCUUUACUCCCGGCAGCUGUAUGUGUUGGGCCAUGAGGCAAUGAAGCGACUGCAGACAUCCAGUGUCCUGGUCUCAGGCCUGCGGGGCCUAGGAGUAGAAAUUGCUAAGAACAUCAUCCUUGGUGGAGUCAAAGCUGUCACUCUACAUGACCAGGGCACUGCCCAGUGGGCUGACCUUUCCUCCCAGUUCUACCUACGAGAGGAGGACAUCGGUAAAAACAGGGCUGAGGUGACCCAGCCCCGCCUUGCUGAGCUCAACAGCUAUGUGCCUGUUACUGCCUACACUGGGCCCCUCGUUGAGAACUUCCUUAGUGGCUUCCAGGUGGUAGUCCUCACCAAUAGCCCCCUGGAGGACCAGGUGCGAGUGGGAAAGUUCUGUCAUAGCAGUGGCAUCAAGCUUGUGGUGGCAGACACUCGAGGCUUAUUUGGGCAACUUUUCUGUGACUUUGGAGAGGAAAUGGUUCUUACAGAUUCCAAUGGGGAACAGCCACUCAGUGCUAUGGUUUCUAUGGUCACCAAGGACAACCCUGGAGUGGUUACCUGCCUGGAUGAAGCCCGACAUGGGUUUGAGAGUGGUGAUUUUGUGUCCUUUUCCGAAGUACAGGGCAUGAAUGAGCUCAACGGAAAUCAGCCCAUAGAGAUCAAAGUGCUGGGUCCUUAUACCUUCAGCAUCUGUGACACCUCCAACUUCUCUGACUACAUCCGUGGAGGCAUCGUCAGUCAGGUCAAAGUACCUAAGAAGAUUAGCUUUAAAUCCUUGCCAGACUCGCUGGCAGAGCCUGUGUUUGUUAUGACGGACUUCGCCAAGUAUUCUCGCCCUGCCCAGCUGCACAUUGGCUUCCAGGCCCUGCACCAGUUCUGUGCUCAGCACAACCGGCCCCCUCGACCCCGCAGUGAGGAGGAUGCAACCAAACUGGUAGCCCUAGCACAGGCUGUGAAUGCAGAAGCCCUGCCAGCAGUGCAGCAGGACAGCCUGGAUGAGGACCUCAUCCGGAACCUUGCCUAUGUGGCUGCUGGGGAUCUGGCACCCAUAAAUGCAUUUAUCGGGGGCCUGGCUGCUCAGGAGGUCAUGAAGGCCUGCUCUGGAAAGUUCAUGCCUAUCAUGCAGUGGCUGUAUUUUGAUGCCCUUGAAUGUCUUCCAGAGGACAAAGAGGCCCUCACAGAGGAGAAGUGCCUCCCGCGUCAGAACCGUUAUGAUGGGCAGGUGGCUGUGUUUGGCUCAGAUCUGCAAGAGAAGCUGGGCAAACAGAAGUACUUCCUGGUGGGUGCAGGGGCCAUUGGCUGUGAACUGCUCAAGAACUUUGCCAUGAUUGGGCUGGGCUGUGGUGAAGGCGGAGAAAUUAUUGUCACAGACAUGGAUACCAUUGAGAAAUCAAAUCUGAACCGACAGUUUCUGUUCCGGCCCUGGGAUGUUACGAAAUUAAAGUCUGACACAGCUACUGCAGCUGUGCGCCAGAUGAAUCCACACAUCCGGGUGACAAGCCACCAGAACCGUGUGGGUCCUGACACAGAGCGCAUCUACGACGAUGAUUUUUUCCAAAACUUAGAUGGCGUGGCCAAUGCCUUGGACAAUGUAGAUGCCCGCAUGUACAUGGACCGACGCUGUGUUUACUACCGGAAGCCACUGCUGGAGUCAGGCACGCUGGGCACCAAAGGCAAUGUGCAGGUGGUGAUCCCCUUCCUGACAGAGUCCUACAGCUCCAGCCAGGAUCCACCAGAGAAGUCUAUCCCCAUCUGUACCUUGAAAAAUUUUCCCAAUGCCAUUGAGCAUACCCUUCAGUGGGCUCGAGAUGAGUUUGAAGGUCUCUUCAAGCAGCCAGCAGAAAAUGUCAACCAGUACCUUACAGACCCUAAGUUUGUGGAGCGGACUUUGCGGCUGGCAGGUACCCAGCCAUUGGAAGUGCUGGAGGCUGUUCAGCGCAGCCUAGUGCUGCAGCGACCACAGACUUGGGCAGACUGUGUGACCUGGGCCUGCCACCAUUGGCACACCCAGUACUCCAACAACAUCCGACAGCUGCUGCACAACUUCCCUCCUGAGCAGCUCACAAGCUCAGGAGCUCCAUUCUGGUCUGGGCCCAAACGCUGUCCACACCCACUCACCUUUGAUGUCACCAAUCCCCUGCAUCUGGACUAUGUAAUGGCUGCUGCCAACCUGUUUGCCCAGACCUAUGGGCUGAUGGGCUCUCAGGACCGAGCUGCUGUGGCCACACUCCUACAGUCUGUGCAGGUCCCCGAGUUCACCCCCAAGUCUGGUGUCAAGAUCCAUGUGUCUGACCAGGAACUGCAAAGCGCCAAUGCCUCUGUUGAUGACAGCCGUCUAGAGGAGCUCAAGGCAACGCUGCCUAGCCCUGAAAAGCUGCCUGGAUUCAAGAUGUGCCCCAUUGACUUUGAGAAGGAUGAUGACAGCAACUUCCAUAUGGAUUUCAUUGUGGCUGCAUCCAACCUCCGGGCAGAAAACUAUGACAUUCCCCCUGCGGAUCGGCACAAGAGCAAGUUGAUUGCAGGGAAGAUUAUCCCAGCCAUUGCCACAACCACAGCUGCUGUGGUUGGCUUAGUGUGUCUGGAACUAUACAAGGUAGUGCAGGGGCACCGAAAACUUGACUCCUACAAGAAUGGGUUCCUCAACUUGGCCCUACCAUUCUUUGGCUUUUCUGAACCCCUGGCAGCACCACGGCACCAGUACUAUGACCAAGAGUGGACGUUGUGGGAUCGCUUUGAGGUACAGGGGCUGCAGCCUAAUGGGGAGGAGAUGACCCUCAAACAGUUCCUUGACUACUUCAAGACACAGCACAAAUUAGAGAUCACCAUGCUGUCCCAGGGUGUGUCCAUGCUGUAUUCCUUCUUCAUGCCAGCUGCUAAGCUCAAGGAACGGUUGGAUCAGCCGAUGACAGAAAUCGUGAGCCGUGUGUCGAAGCGAAAGCUGGGCCGCCAUGUGCGGGCGCUGGUGCUUGAGCUAUGUUGCAACGACGAGAGCGGUGAGGACGUCGAAGUCCCCUAUGUUCGAUACACCAUCCGCUGACCCCUGUGUACUCCAGGAGGCUGACCCUACCCCCUUCCCUCAGACCCCUUCCAGCCUCAGGUUCCCAUUUGACCUCUGGCAGUGGCUCAGCCAGCCAAGCCUGGUGUUCCUUUAUCAACUCCUUACCAAAACCCCUCUUGCCACUUUUCUCCUUUAUUUGGAACCUGAAUCCUAAUAAAAAAGGUAUUAAC